UCCAUUUCCACUCUCCAAAUUUUUUUAUACAUAAAGAUUUUUUAAGUUUCAGACACAAGAAAAGAACGAACAACAAAACAAAGGUAUGACAAAGUGUCGUGGGAGAAGAAGGUUACAUCUAAGCAACAUAUACGCAUUCAUUCAAAGGUCGUAAAUCGAGUUUUCAAGAAGACCAUUCUCAGAUUGGAGGACCUGGUUUCUCACGCGUCGUUUACUGCAACGAACCUAAUUCUCCGGCGGCUGAACGACGCAACUACGCCGGCAACUAUGUCCGGUCUACUAAAUACACUGCGGCUUCUUUCAUACCCAAAUCACUCUUCGAACAGUUCCGACGCGUCGCUAAUUUCUACUUCCUCGUCAUCCGAACCUUAUCCUUGACUUCUAUAUCUCCUUACAGCCCCGUUAGUUCUCUGUUACCUCUCGCCUUCGUCAUCGCCGUGCGUGAGUAUGGUUAAAGAAGCUAUCGAAGAUUGGGGUCGUAAAAAAACAGGAGUUGAUAAAGACGAGUUUUUUCCGGCGGAUCUUUUGCUUUUAUCGUCGAGCUACGAAGACUCGAUUUGUUACGUAGAGACGAUGAACCUUGUUUGUUUAAGAGUUGUGCUGAGUUUGGAAAUAUUGGAAACAGGUGAUUCAAAACUCAACUGAUCCACCACCGAAGAGAAGCAGGAUCGAGAGGAAGAUGGACAAAAUCAUCUACGUUGAUGUUCGGUGUUGUGUUUUUGAUGUCUUUUAUUGGUUCGAUUGUAUUUGGUACUGAGACAAGAGAAGAUAGAGUGAAGUCUGGAGGAAGAACAGAGACCAGACGAUGCUGAUAUCUUCUUUGAUCCAGACAGAGCUUUUAUGGCUUCGGUUUACCAUUUCUUCACCGCCGUGACAGCGGAUCGUGAGAGCUUGAUCGAUGAAAUCACAGAACGGAUGGAACGAGAUUUAAUUAUCCUCGGUGCUACUGCUGUUGAGGACAAACUUCAGAAUGGGGUUCUGGAUUGUAUCGACAAGCUAGCUCAAGCAGGGAUAAAGAUUUGGGUUCUAACCGGAGACAAAAUGGAGACUGCAAUCAAUAUCGGAUUUGCUUGUAGUUUACUAAGACAAGAGAUGAAGCAGAUCAUCAUAAAUCUUGAGACACCACAUAUCAAAGCAUUGGAGAAAGCUGGAGAGAAAUAUGCAAUUGAACAGGCAUCGAGAGAAAGCGUGGUGAGGCAAAUGGAACAAGGGAAAGCUCUACUCACAGCAUCAAGCAGCUCGAGCUCUCAAGACGCCUUUGCGUUGAUCAUUGAUGGGAAGUCACUAACAUACGCUCUUGAAGACGAUUUCAAGAAGAAGUGUCUUGAUUUAGCCACAGGAUGUGCCUCUGUUAUUUGCUGCAGAUCGUCACCUAAACAAAAGGCAUUGGUUACGCGGUUGGUCAAAUCUGGAACCGGCAAGACAACUUUAGCAAUUGGAGAUGGAGCAAAUGAUAUCGGUGUUGGAAUCAGCGCGGUGUUGAAGGAAUGCAAGCCGUUAUGUUACUUAGAGCGACUCUUGCUCAUUUCCGUUACUUAGAGCGACUCUUGCUCGUCCAUGGUCACUGGUGUUACAGCAGAAUCUCAUCAAUGAUUUGUUAUUUCUUCUACAAGAAUAUAACUUUUGGUGUCACAGUGUUCUUAUACGAAGCCUACACAUCCUUCUCUGCUCAACCCGCAUAUAACGACUGGUUUUUAUCGCUAUUCAACGUCUUCUUCUCUUCGCUUCCCGUCAUUGCGACUCGGAGUUAUUUUCAAUUGAGUGUAUAAAAACCUUGAAGACAGCUAAUUAUACUAUCCUAUAUACGCAUGGGCCAAGGUGGCAUACAUUUUCUUAUAAAAAUAGAAAAAAAUGAGUUCCCUUCUAAAAU